AUGCCCCCUCCCUCCCCUCGGGCUCCCCGCAGACGGGAGGCUGUUCUCGAGGAGGACGAGUGGGUGGCGAGAGCAGAGGCCAUCAUAGAGCGCGACUUCUUCCCCGAGCUCAGCAAGCUGGAAGGAAAAGUGCAGUGGCUGGAGGCCGUGCGCAGCGGCGACCCGGCCCGAAUGCGCGAGGCGCAGGUGGCCUUUGCGGCCCGGCGGGCGGGCCUGCGCCCGGGCACCUCGACGGGGGCGGGCCCCCUCUUCACUCCGGGUGGCACGGGCGCGCGCGUCCUGGCUGGCGACCUGCCCACCCCCACCGGCGACCUGUCCACCCCGGUCACCCUCCACGGCGGCGCAGGCGGCGCACGCGCGGCGUCCGGCGCCGCCCAGGCCCCUGCGAUGUCCCUGGACGCUUUCAUGCGCGCGCACACCAGCGAGGACAACGCCUCCUUCGCCGCGCUGCUGGCCACGGAGAAUGGGAGGAGGACGGAGGCGUACGCCGCCAUUGCCGCCCCGCCGGGGUCUGGGGAACAGGCCAUCAAAUCCGCCGCGGGUCCCCGGCCGACCGACGGGUUCGGAACGGGGGGGCAGCCCUCCGACCGCCUCGUGCAGUGGCGGUACGAGCCCAGGAACGCCCUCAUGUACGAUGGGAGCCAGCGGGAUGCCCUGGCCCUCUCAGAUAAGGAGCGGGCGGCGCAGGUCCAGGGUCCCCCAAAGGCCAUCAAGCACCGGAACACGCGGUUCCCGGGUCCCCAGGCCCUCUCCUCCUGCGGCGACACAACCCCCGCCUCCAGCGCCACCGGGACGCAGCCCGGGUCACCUGGGUCGCUGCACGGCGCCGCCUUUGUCGGCGUGGACGGCCUGUCCUACCCCGUGCUGGCCACGCCCUCCUUUGACCCGGGCGAGGCCACGCCCUUCAUGACCUGGGGCGACAUCCAGGCCACGCCCCUGCGCAUCGAGGCAGAGGACCUGCCUGCAGGGGAUCUCAAUGCAGGCGCCGCCAAGUUCCACAUCCGCGAGUCGCAGAACAGUCAUGGUCGCUACUCCCUGUGA